GCAAGAACAAAAGAUUUGAUAUGUUUUAGAGCUGUCUGAAACAAGUGAAGCAGUAGGUCAUUACAGGAUCCUUUGGUAGGUCUAUAUUCUAAAUGGUGGGUCGUGUAAUUGUGUGUCAUUAUGUAAUCCUCCAUUGAAAUCCUUCAGGACAAUACAAUGUGAUAUUUAAGGAACUUGUCUCCCACCAAAGCCCAUUGAAUAGCACAUUUACCAUCCAAUAAGCCAGGGAAAAGUUUACACCCUCUAUAUAUACCCUUCACUGGUUUCAUAAGCAACAUAAAUCAUACUCAUACUCAAGCAUUAGAACUAAAGUGACUGCUUCCUUCUACUACUUUGAGAACAAUGGGUUUUCGCUUACCUGGUAUUAGACGAUCAUCAUUUAGUGCAAGCAAACAAUCUUCUUGCAAGGUGUUGGAAGUUCCAAGAGGGUAUCUUGCAGUGUAUGUUGGAGAAAAAAUGAAGAGGUUCUUGAUUCCAGUGUCCUUCUUGAACGAGCCUUUAUUUCAAGAAUUGCUGAGCCAAGCAGAAGAGGAAUUCGGUUACUAUCAUCCUAUGGGUGGUCUCACGAUUCCAUGCAAGGAAGAUAUGUUCGUGGAUAUAGCUUCUCGCUUGAACAGAUUAUAGUUCACAAUACUAAAGAUCCUAAUCCUAACAUAGUUCAGGCAAUUUUGUACAACUUGUAAAUGAAUCUUUUAAUACAUGCGAAACCUUGCGCCAAUUUUAGAUAUAUUGCGUACUACAGUUUUUCUUCAAGACUAGAUCUUUUUUACAUACUGUUUUUUUUCCUUUACCAUUCA